AUGACGUUCACAUUCAACCAAAAUGUUUCGGCACAACAGCUGGCCGACAUCCUACCGAACGGUGUCGCCAUCCUCACCCAUCGAUAUGAAUUGGUCUCUGUGAAUCGCCGGUUCCGGGAACUCAUCCCAUGCCCUAGCGUCAAUUUCUCCGAAUGUUGGUUACGAUCGGUCCAUCCAGACGACUAUGACCGGGUGUCGACUCGGUAUCGCGAGGUCGCAACGUCCAAACAACCGCUACGUCUCGAAUACCACACGCGCGACCCGAACUCGAUAUGGUGUGUCAUAACUCUGGAUCGGCUGAAUGAUAAAGACGUACAGUGCUUCGGGCUAAACGAUGGUGGGGUGUUUAUCUGUACAAUCGCAGAUAUCACCCUGGAGAAAAAGGCAGAGCUCCUACAGAGGCAGGCUGCGGAAGAGGCCCAGGAACGCAAGAAGCAACAAGAGCGAUUCAUCGAUAUGAUCAGCCACGAAAUUCGCAAUCCUUUAUCUGCGAUAGUCCAUUGUACGGAGGAUAUUCAGGAGGCAAUCUAUAACAAGAAACCGGAUGAAAUCUCAGUCGUGAACAUCGCCGAAGCAGCUGAGACAAUCAGCCUCUGCAUUAGACAUCAAAAGAAAAUCGUCAAUGAUGUCCUCACCUUUUCAAAACUUGACGCAUCAAUGCUACCGCUUUCCCCACGAAAGGUCCAGCCCCAACGACAUAUUACCAUUCCGAUGGCGAUAUUCCGACCCGAGCUCCGAAAGCACAGAAUUAAUUUUGAAUACAAGGCCGAUCUUUCCUAUGGCAAAUGUGGUAUUGAUUGGGUCAUGGCAGAUUUAGAUCGAAUGGGCCAGGUCCUUGUUAACAUACUCUCGAAUGCUAUCAAAUUCACAGCUCAAUCGGAAGGCCAGCGAUCGGUCCGAGUUUCAGUGGGUGCUUCGAUCGAGCGUCCAAGUUCGUACCCGCCAAACAUAGUCUUCUUCGAUUCGGGAAAAUCAGCGCUCCGUCAAGACGCGACAAACAACUCCGAAUGGGGAAGUGGCGAAGUGGCAUAUAUCAUGGUCGCCGUCAAGGACUCGGGGAUUGGAGUCACCGAGGAAGCACAGAAACGGCUCUUCGAGCGAUUCAAUCAAGCAACUCCCAAAACUGAGAGCAUUUACGGCGGCUCUGGCCUUGGUCUCAACGUUUGUAGAAAGCUCUGUCACCUCCAUGGGGGUGAGAUUGGCGUGAGCUCCAAGAAAUCACACGGAAGUACCUUUGGGUUUUUUUUCAAAGUACGCAGAACAACCAACGAAGGUGUUGAAGGAGACGAGAGUUUCGGUGUUUCUACAAUUGAUAAGCUCUGUGUUGAUAUUCAGACACUGGGAAACAAAAUGAGCGGUGUCAACAAAAUCACGGAAGAGCCCCAGAUGUCGGAAACCCCAGCUGAGGAUAUUGUCUUCGAGGCACAACCAGGUGGCCCAAAGGACGAAGAUACAAUUCGUACCCACAACAUUGCCCGCCAGGUAGAGAACGAUCAGAACGAAUGGGCGAAUCAAAGUCCUUUGUCUCAUCGUGGUCAUGAAAAAUUAACCGGCGACGGUCAGCGAAUUCUCUUGGUUGAGGAUAACGUUAUAAACAGGCGAAUCAUCUCACGCAAGUUGAAUACACUGGGGUUUGACAUAUCAGAAGCGAGAAAUGGAAAAGAGGCAGUGGAUGCGAAUAAGAAAGGCCCAUUCGACUGUAUUCUCAUGGACCAGCAGAUGCCUGUGAUGGACGGCAACUGUGCCACAAAAGCAAUUCGUGAAAUCGAGAAGGAAACUGGAGGACAUGUACCCAUUCUGGGACUCACAGCGAAUGUCAGAGACGAACAACAACAGGAAAUGAUAGGUGCCGGAAUGGAUGAUAUCAUCCAUAAGCCUUAUGGCACUCAUGAGCUUGUUGAAAAGAUCAAUCGCAUGGUUUCAAAAGAAAGAAAUAUAUAA